AUGACCAUGGAGGAUGCAAUCUUCCGUGCCGUUGUGGACUACACCCCCAAGGUCUGCGUCGAGCGCGCCUUGCAGAACGGGGACGGCCUCUACCGCAACGAGAAGUUCGUCGACCUAGAGGAGCAGUGCCUGGUUUUUGAGGACUUGCUGCGCCAGCUGUUCCACAUCGCCAAGCAGUUGAACCCAAGAGAUGUGCAAGGCGCCCUGCGGCGCUUCAACGCUGUGCACGUAGGAAAGUUGUUCGAGGAGCACGCCGAAGGCGGCCAAAGCGCGCGCAGUGUGCGCGUGCAGGCUCAGGGCAUCAUCAGCCUGAUCGCCUAUGUGAACAAGCGUCGCCGCAAUUGGGUGGACGGAUCCAGGGCCAGAGCUGGGAUUGGCCGUCUGGUUCGAGCUUCUGCUGUCGCCCUCGAGCAGCCAGCAGCUGUUCGCCGCAGGAGCAAGACUCCUCCUAGCAGGACUCCUCCUAGCAGCCGGGGCUCCGAAAAGGCGCAAGCCUGCAGCUAUAGGCACGACUCGAUGGUGAGAGCCUUAAGCUUGACAGAGCAUGAGGACCUUCAAGUGGUACCAGUGACCGCGCAGGAUGCCCCGAUCGAAGUGUUGUCAAGCCAAGAGGCGGUGGAUCCCCAGGGUCUGCUCAAGCCCUUCACAGACUGGAGCAAAGGAGCUCUGGCGAGGCAGCCCGCAGAUGGCCGCAUCGAGUAUGCCACCAUGUUCGUGAAGAAGGACGCAGACUCCGCUUUCAAGUUUGCCCGGUUUGAGGACGGCAAGGAGUACGAGUCCGAGAUCCCUGCGCUGGUGGCGAAGCGGCCGGCCAUGAAGCGACCCGCAGCCGCGGCAAACGCUGAGAUCGACCCCGAGCCUGCGACCGAGAUCCUGCCGAAGAGCGAGGACAAGAAAGCGCAGACUCG